AUGACAAAGAUAAGAUGCUAUUAUGAAGUCUUGGAGGUGUCAAGAAUUGCAACUGCCGACGAGAUUAAACGUGCUUACAGAAAACAAGCAUUGAUUUGGCAUCCAGAUAAGAAUCAACAUCAGCUUCAAGUAGCCGAUGAACGUUUCAAAGAGGUAAAUCAUGCCUAUACCAUUCUUUCCGAUGCCAACGAGAGAAAGUGGUACGAUGAUCAUCGUGAAGCGAUUUUGCGUGGCACCGACGACGACUCCUCGCACAUCAAUCUCUGGGCGUACUUUAGUACAACCUGUUACGAUGCCUAUGACGAUGGUGAACGUGGUUUCUACACGGUCUACGAGAGUGUCUUCCAAGACAUUCAGAAAGAGGAGGUCGAAGCCGACGAAGACUUCCAGGCAACGAGCUCGGCGUCAUCCUCUCGUAUUCGUUCGGUUCCAAUGUUUGGAAAGAGCGAUGCCGAUUCCGCCGAUGUCAUUAAGUUCUACCAGUAUUGGCGUGACUUUGUUACCAAGAAACGUUUCACAAUGGCCGACAAAUAUAAUACUAAUGACGCGCCCAAUCGUCAGAUCAAGCGACUCAUGGAGAAAGAGAAUCAAAAGGAACGACAGUUUGCGCGUCAGGAAUAUCAGGAUCAGGUGCGUCAUUUGGUAGAGUUUAUCUAUAAGCGUGACAAGCGUGUCAUCGAGUACAUUAAGAAGAUCAGAAUCGAGGAGGAGGAACGCAAGGUCAAGGAAGAUGAGGAGCGUGUCAUUCGCGAGGCGGAACAUCGUGAAGCUCUCAAGUUACAUCGUCAGCAACAACAGGAGGAAUACGAACGUAUGAAAGCAGCGGGUGUCAGAUUCAUGGAGGACGAUGCAGAGUAUGAAGAGGUACCAGAGUACUAUUGUGUCGUUUGUGAGAGAACAUUCAAAUCGAGCAAAAAGAUGACUGAACACGAGCGAUCAAAUCUUCACAAGAAGAAUCUUAAGAAUCUAAGGAGCACUGUCAGUAUCGAUGGUGUCGACGAUAUUGAGAGUGGUGUAAAUGACAUGGAUCUAGAGACACCACAAGAUCUUUCAGAGGAUGAAGACGAUAGAGACGAGCAAAAGGAUAGCGAUUAUGAAGAACCUUAUGGUAUGGUAAAGAAGGGUAAAAAUAAGAAGUCAUCAACACCAACAAAGACAAAGAAUAGUGAUAGUGAACAAGAUGAUGAUGCAGAAGAAGAGAUAAUAACAAAUAAUAAUAGUAAUAAUAAUAGCAAAUCAAAGAAAAAGAAUAAGAAUAAGAAUAAGAAAGUAGAAAGUGAUGAGGAUGACGAUCUGAUAGAUGUACCAGGCAUUGUUAAUAAGAAAAAGGGAAAAAGUAAAGUUAAAGCACCAACACCCGUCGAAGAUGAAGAGGAUGAUGAAGAUGAAGAUGAGGAAGAGGAAGAGGAAGUAGUAGGUGUAUCAAAAAAGAAAAACAAAAACAAAAAAGAAAAGAAAUCAAAGAAGAAGAAUGUAAUUUCUUUGUCCAAAGACGACGAUGACAUCGAAGAUAAUGAUUCUCAGAGUGACUCUGAAGAUUCAUUCCCGAAAUCAAAGUCAAAACAAGCACUUAAGAGCAAAUUUUUGGAUAGUGACAGCGAUGACGACAAACAAAAAUCACAACCCAAAAAGAUUGGUAAAGCCAAAGAAAAGAGACUACAGAGAGAAGAGAAAAAGAAACAAAAACAACAAGACCUAUCAAAAGAGGAAUUCAAAUGUCACGUUUGUGCAGAAGAUUUCCAAACUAGAAACAAACUCUUCCAACACAUUAAGGAUACUAAACAUGCACAAGCUAUCGUAACAAAUAGUACAAAAAAGAAAUAA